GGAGGAUCCUCCAAGUAACUGACGUCAGCCUGCUCCUGUUUUGACAGACAGGCUGAGAAGAUACAGUCGGGUUUGGCAGACAGUCGGGUCCAGCAUCUUAUAAAGUUUUUAUUUAGAGAACAAGCCCUUUCAGGAAAAAAUGGUCCACAUGACUUAUAGCACUUCCAGUAUCCUGGUCAAUUCCUCAAAGAGUGGAUCCUCGACUGCCUGGUAAGAAACCACCCCAAGGGCGGAAAGGUCCCGGGAGUUGCAGGGAGUCCCUACGUCUGGAGGACUGCACAGGCUAUCUGAUAAUGUAAUUAACCGUAUGAGAGAACCAUCAGCACCAGUUCCCAGGCCACAACCUUCACCACCACUGCCAAAACAGUCUACUAAUGAGCCUGUCUCUCCUAGUUACACAGUGGAUGAAGAAGAACUUAGAAGAAAAAUUGCCCAUGAACUGGCAUUAGAGCAAGCAAGAAGACAAUCAGAGAAUCACAAGAGACUGGAACAAGAAAAACUGAUAGUGCAGGAAGAAAUUGGGAAAGCAAUAGAGCGAGAAAGAAAUGCUUCCAGUGAGCAACUUACAAGGGCUGUACUGCGUGAAAAGGCUGCGGCAGAGGAAGAACGCCUUAAAUCAAAGACAUUUGCGAAAAAACUGAAUGAAAAAGAGCGUGAACUGAAGCGUUUGGAUGAAUAUUACAAAGAUCAACUGGCAAGGCUGGAAGAGAGGAGUGCCCAGUUUUACAAGGUUACCACUGAGCAAUACCAAAAAGCUGCUAGUGAAGUGGAGGCCAGAUUCAAGCGAUAUGAGGCUCAUCCAGUUUGUGCUGACCUGCAGGCUAAAAUUUUCCAGUGCUACCAGCAGAACCCACAGCAGUCUCUUAGCUGCUCAACAUUGGCCAGCCAGUACCUGCAUUGUGUCAACGGUGCCAAACAGAGCCUGCUUGGGAGAGGAGGGUAGAAGCCCUGUUUGUGGAGAAAAAGCAUCUCAACCCAUUUUAAUAUAAGGCCUCAGAAAAGAAUAAAGCAAAGGACAUAACAUGAUCAACGCUUGCAGUUAUUCUUUAUAUCCACUUUGAUUUAUUAAAUUAUAAAGGUUUCUUAUUGGAUUCUUCUCUUUUUCCUCAUAAGUGGCAUAUGUCAUGCUUUGUCAGACCUUAAAUAUUGGCCUGUCUAUUAAAAUGCAAUUGAUGCCUUUUAUGUAAUGUAACCUGAUGUUAUAUUAUCUUGUAUUGUAUUUAACAGUUGCAUAUCAACAUCUGUGCCCUAUAUUUUGUCUGUUUUAAGUCAGGAUUCCUAAUAAAAAAUAAAUUAAUAACA